AUGGCCCGAUCACAGCGUGAAAGUUGUCAGUGUUGUCAAAGUGCCUCAAGCCAGGAAAGGGGUUUCCCUAGUGUUGCGCAAUGGAAAUGUGAGAUUUCAUUUAAGCUGAAGGUGAUAGAAGAGGUAGUAGGUGGAGGUGGAGGCUUUGGUGGUGGAGGAGGAGGAGAUGUUGGAGGUGGUUUAGGUAAAGGUGGAGGCUUUGGAGUUGGGGGCGGUUUUUGUGGCGGGGCUGGAGGUGAUAUUGAUGGUGGUGGUGGAGUAGAAGGAGGAGGUGGAGUUAGUGGUUCUUGUGGCCACGAUAGAGGCUUCGAUGUUGGAGGAGGAGGUGAUGGUGGUAGGGUGGAGGUGGAGUAA